CGCGACCGGGUCGCGGCGCUGUCGCGACAGCAGCAGGAGGAGGAAGAAGAGGAAGAAAAAGGCGGCGGGGGGGGGGGGGGCGUGGCGGGCGCAUGACGGAGCCGCCCGGGGAGAGCGAACCGGCGGACCCCCCCGAGCCGCCCCCCGCCGGGCCCGGCAGCAAGGGGGGGUCCCUCCGGCAGAUGCAGCGGCUGAAGCGGUCUCUGUCCCUCCGGACGCUGCUGCGGAGCAAGAGCAUGGAGAGCCUCUUCCCGCGGGCGGGGGGGGGCGUGCAGGGAGCCGGGACCCCCCCGUCCCCCCCCCGGACACACGGCUUCCAGCAAUACGUCUUCAAGAAGCAUUGCCCCUGCGAGCUGUGCCGGCAGCUCAUCGCAGGCAACUCGCGGCAGGGCCUGCGGUGCAAGGCGUGCAAGGCCGGCGUGCACCUCUGGUGCUCCCAGGGCAUCUCGCACCAGCAGUGCCCCGGCAAACCGGCCACCUCUUUCCGCCGCAACUUCAGCUCCCCCCUGCUGCUGCCGGAGCAGGGGGGCUCUGUGCAGGGUGAGCCCCCCCCAGCAGACCCCGGUGUGGACCCGGUGUACGAGGCGCUGCGGUUCGGCACCUCCCUGGCACAUGGCACCGGCCCCACGGAGCUGCCCCCCAGCACCCAGGGUGAGAAGGCGGCGGCCGAGGAGGAGAGCGGGGACACCCCGAGCGGUGCAGGGAGCCUGAGGGAUGGCGCUGUCACCCCAGCAGAGAGGGACGAUGUGGGGGAGAAGAGCCCCGGGCAGCAGGCUGCUUGGGGGCCGGCGCGGCGGGACGGGGCACCCAUGUUCUCCUACGUGGCUCUCUACAAGUUCGUGCCCCAGGAGCACCAGGACCUGGCGCUGCAGCCCGGGGACAGGGUCACGCUGGUGGACGACUCCAACGAGGACUGGUGGAAGGGGAAGGUGGGCGACCGGCUGGGCUUCUUCCCGGCCAACUUCGUGCAGCGCGUCCGUCCCGGGGAGAGCGUCUGGAGGAGCUGCCGGGCCGUGCAGGGCGACAGGGAGCAGGGACGCAUGAGCCUCAGGGAGAACCAGAUCUGCGUCGGCGUGGGCAGGACCCAGGGCCUCGUCCGGGUGACCAGCGGGAGGAAGCGGGGGCUGGUCCCCGCCGAGGCGCUCACCGAGAUCUGAGGGGCAACCUCCGGCCACCUCCGGCAUUCCCGUCCCCAUCCCGGCAUCGCCAACUCCCCUGGACCACCGCACCUCAGGAAGCCCCCUCCGGGUGGUACGUCACCCCCCCACCCCCCAAGCCGUACCUGGGGGCCGUCCCCAGUGUCCCCAUCCCUUGGGGUCUGGCCUGAGGCAUGUGCCUGGCUGGUGGGGGACAUGGGGGUGGCCCCCGGGGUGGCACUGCCCAUGGAUGGGGCACACACAUGGAUGGGGCACACACACGGAUGCUCCUGAACCCCCGUGUGAGCUGGCGGGGGGGGGGUGUGUGUGGGUGUGCACACCAGCACGGGUGUGCAAAUCCCCGUGCGUACACCAGGGCACACGCCUCUGCCCGUGCACACGCGUGUGCAGCCCCAUGUGCCCCCCCAUCCAUUCACGCCUGUAUCUGUGCACUAACACAUGCGUGUGCAGCCCCACAUGCCCCCCCCCAAGCUGUUCACGCCUGUAUCCGUGCACUAACACACGCGUGUGCCCUGCCCGGCCACGGGAGCCGGCUCGCCCAAGCAAUAACCGUCGUCCCCCCCCCAUGCCCGGGCAGCCCCCGGCCCCGCUCCGGGAUGCUCCAGCCCAAGAGGCGAAAUUAAACGCUGCUGCCA